AAUCGGACAUGGCAGCUUCUGAUGCCACGUGGCGUUCACCUGCUCUGUCGUGGGAUGCCCUUAUCGAAGAAUCCGGAUCUGGACAUGGAGAGCCUCAUCUGGGGCGACACGAUGGGAAGUAGCAUAAAUACUAACUAUCAGCCGAUCUGUCAGAAUCUGCGGACCUGUCAGAGACUGGGGGACUCUGAGAACUGCAGGCGGGACACCAGCUGUUCUCUGCAGAGUUACCGCAGGCUGAGCGCGGGUGUCUUCGACGACGCGCGGCCGCAGGGCCUCGUCGGCGCCGACACGAUGGGAGGUGCUAUAAAUGGUAACAAGCGGAGGAUCUGUCAGAAUCUGUUGACCUGUCAGAGACUGGCGGACUCUGACAACUGCAGGCAGGACAGCAGCAACAGCAACAGCAGCAGCAGCUGGGCUCUGCGGAGUUACCGCAAGCUGAGCGCGGGGGUCUUCGACGACGCGCAGCCGCACAUUCACUAUCAGUUGGAAAAGACGACGAGCCGUCUGACAACCAGCUUCUCGGGAACGGCGAUGGAGGUCGGUGGGACAAGAGAGAGGCUGGCUAUGGCUAUGGAGCCGCCGCCGCGGGGAAGCGUCCCUCUCGGGAGCGUGGUUCCCAUCAAGAAAGGAAGUUUCUUUGAACGUUCACUGAAACUUGGGCGGAAAACUCACGACCUCGGCGGCUCCGUCAAAGGCACGAUGACCUGCUGCCUCCCCCCCGGUCGCUACGCGUGCGCGUGGAGAGUCUCUCCUCGAACAAAUGAGAGGCUGGACUCCCUCGUAGCCUUCGCCUACCUCUCGGAUCGCGGCCCUUUGUCGGAUGAUCUACUAUCGGGAUCGGGAUCGGCAUCGGGAUGGGGAUCGGGAUUGGCAUCGGGAGGGUUCCAGACGGCCAAGCAGCAGCGGAAGCUGCAGUGCACUCGGCGCGCAGCUCGAGGGAGUCAGUGGUCGUCGGAGGUGGACGCGGGGGUUAUCCACGUGGCAGAUCCUCGUCGGCCGCGUCGGGAUUGCGGCGCUGGUAGUUUUCAUCGCGAUCGGGGUGGCGACGUCGAGGGAUCGGGACCCGAGGGAGCACUCGACUAUCUGGUUCCCAUCGUAGUCCAUUUCAGCUUCACUAACUGCGAACGGGAACGAGUUGUGCACAGUUUCGUGCUUCGCUCCAUUACGAGAAAGGAGGAGGAGAUGGAGAAGGGGAAGUUCAUGUGUCAGCUGCUGGACACCGGAGACGAGGCGCUGGACUGUCUGACUACGUUAUUCGUUGAGGAAUCAGAUGUCGAUGGCUUGUAAUGAAAAAAAAAAAAAAGAAAGGGAUAGAGAGAGGGAUAUGUGAGGGGAAGAGUCUCGGCGGCAAUGGGGGCUGCUUCGCUUUUUUUUUUUUUUUUUUUUUUGAAAAGAACCCGAAAGCCUGCUAAAAGGGCGGGUAGGGCUGGUUGAACCCGGUUCGCAUGGACACGC